AUUUCAGAUAAAUAAUGGUUAUUUUCAAUGGCAGCUCUUUUCAAUAUCGUUGUUCUUGUAGUUUUUGCACUGUUUGACGAGGUAAUUGGGGGUACGUGUGAAGGAGCAAUGCAAAGGGAGGAUGUUAUUUGUCCGAUAACCAAAACAGAAUGGGACAAAAGAGCUAGGGAAAUAAAUUGUGAAUUGAAAUAUAAUGAGACCUGUCAAUCCAAGUUUGUGUACCACUGCGUUUUGAAUCAAAGGGGCACAGGCAUGGUUGAAGUUUGCGCACAGACCUGGUUUAUUUCAGGCUAUUGUGCAAUGUUCAGUCGUGAUGAGAAAAGAAUUAAAAACAAUUUUUCUUUGGACUGCACUCAAAGUAACAAACCAUGUCCCUCUAGGUAUAUUUCUACUGAUGCCUAUAAAUAUCAAAGCUGCUAUAAUGUCUCGUCGACUAACAGAAGUGGAGGAAAAAAAGCAGGCAGUUUCCAACUGAUGACAGCAAUCAUUGCAGGUGUUAUUAGUCUACUUGUGUUUAGUGCAUUGGUUGCUCUCCUGGCACUUUUCUUUAGAAUCCUUAGACAGAAAAAGGCAAAUAAGGAAGAGACAAUAGAUCCGGUUCCUAUUUUUCUUGAAGAAUUAGUUAACACUCAUGGAAUACGAAGAACGGACAACAAUCAAUCAAAGGAAGAUUACAAAGAGGCUCUUUUAAAGGCAAAUAAAAUUCCAGGAUAUAGAGAAUGUCCAACUGUAUAA